CAGACGGGUUGUUUUGACUGGGGCUCCUUCCACCCAACAAAUCCCAGAGAAAGGACUUACAACUUUUUACCUUUCCUGCCCACGGGGAAUCAUGGCUCGGGCUCCCGGCUAUCGAUGGCCUCUCCUGGGGCUUCUUCUGCACUUUGUCCUUCUAUGCUCGGCUCAAAGGAGCCAAGGACCUAUUGGACCUGCAGGUGUACCAGGAAUUGAUGGCAUUGCUGGAGAAAGGGGAACAGAUGGCCCUGAUGGUCCCGCUGGACCUGAUGGAGAGCCUGGUAGAGCUGGCUCUUCAGGGUUACCUGGAAUUCCUGGCAAUGAUGGUUUGACCGGCCCUAUUGGAGAAGUUGGGCCUGACGGUCCCCCCGGACAGAAAGGUGAACCUGGACAAAUCGGACCUCGCGGAACUACUGGUAUUGGGCCUGAUGGACCCCCAGGACCACCUGGACCGGGAGGACUUUCGGGUGAACUCGGCAAAACGGGAACACCUGGGCCCAUGGGUGUGAGAGGACCACAAGGACCCCGUGGACCAACAGGCCCCAGAGGGGCAGCUGGGGCGUUAGGAAGUGUUGAUCUGUGUCCCAACUCUUGUCCAUCUGGAACCUCAGGACAUCCUGGUCUCCCUGGUAUGAAGGGCCACAAAGGUGUCAAAGGUGAAGCAGGGGAACCUGGAAAGCAAGGGCACAAGGGGGAGGAAGGAGAGCAAGGAGGUCUGGGGGAGGUUGGCUCACAAGGACCGACGGGUGGCCAGGGGAUCCGUGGAGCCACAGGCUUGAUGGGCUCUAAGGGAGAGAUGGGGGCUCGUGGUCUUGAUGGAGGUCCAGGUCCUCAGGGUGUUGGCGGGGCAACAGGUGAUCAAGGCCAGCGCGGUGUGAUGGGUGAGCCUGGGCCCAAAGGGGAAGAGGGCUCCCAAGGGCAAAGAGGGAUCACAGGCCUUCCAGGUCCUAAGGGAGACGGGGGUUUGCCAGGAGUGGACGGCCGUGAGGGUAUUCCUGGCAUGCCAGGAGGAAAGGGAGGCAUUGGAAAACCUGGACUUGCUGGAGAGGUUGGGCUUCAGGGACAUCCUGGUCUGCCUGGCUCAUCUGGACCAAAAGGACAGAGUGGCACAAAGGGUGAUGCAGGCCAAACAGGCUUUCCUGGGACAUUGGGUUCAGCUGGAAAAAUGGGCGAGCGGGGGGAACAAGGUGAGGUUGGCCCAGUUGGACCCAUCGGUGAACCUGGAGAAUUGGGAGAACAAGGCCCAUUAGGUUCAGUCGGCAAGUCGGGUGGCAGGGGACCCAAAGGUGAUCCUGGUCUUCCUGGUAUUCCAGGCCCUCCUGGCACUCCUGGAGUCAAAGGAGAGCGGGGUGAGCGUGGAGAAGGAGGACCCAAGGGAGACCAGGGUCUGCAAGGCGAUGAAGGCAACCCUGGAGACAAAGGAGAUAAUGGCCAACCUGGAGAAUCUGGAGCAAAGGGAGAGAUUGGCAACCUUGGCGAGCCUGGCAGACGAGGUCCAGAAGGAAGUCGAGGCCAGCCUGGCGUUGAAGGGCCUCCUGGCACACCUGGACCGCGAGGCAUGCAGGGGAACCGAGGUUCACCUGGAGUCAGAGGAACACAAGGUCCUGCGGGUAAAGAGCCAAGCGACCAGCACAUCAGGCAGGUGUGCAUGCGAGUCAUGCAAGAACAACUGGCCCAGUUAGCAGCUGGUUUGAGAAGGCCUGAGUCAGGUGUGGUUGGUUUACCUGGCAAACCCGGACCUCCAGGACCUCCUGGGUCUCCAGGAGACAACGGUUUCCCAGGACAGGCUGGAAUAAGAGGACUUCCUGGACUCAAAGGACCACUAGGACCUAUUGGAGUAAAAGGACCCAAAGGUGAAAUGGGGGACAGAGGCUCCCGAGGGCCCACCGUGCGAGGAGCCAAAGGUCAACAAGGACCUCCAGGACUUCCUGGCGACGCGGGCAAACCUGGUUACGGUCAGGACGGGCGUGACGGCCAGAGAGGACCUCCCGGUGUGCCUGGACAACCUGGUGUGCCUGGACCUCCUGGUGCAGCCGGCCCUCACGGCUACUGCGACCCGUCCUCCUGCAAUCUGUCGGCGGGCCAGCAGUCUGUGGACGUGAAAGGACCUGCGAGGAACUAA